CUGCAAAGCGUUUGGUUAUCGAUCUGUCUACGCUUUUGUGAAUAUAAAGCAAAAUAUCUUUUAUCAUGACCGAUUACAUGGGUCUGAAUUUGCACUAAUAAUUUCUUACCGGAGCACUGACCAAUGCCCAGUACAGCAGAGCCAGAUAAGCCGGCAACCACUGGAGGAGUCAUCGAGAACUCGUGCGGAUAGUAGUUGGCUGUAAACUCACAGGUGAUAAGCAAGUUAUAUUUUUAUUGGGAACCAAGUGCCUAGUGAAUGAUAAAGAAUAUUCAAUACUCGGAGUAAAAACGGUCUUUAGAGAAUAUUCAUCAGUCACUGAAGGCGAUUAAUUACGCGGAAUUCGCAAUUUAAUGAUUUGUACGAUGAACAUUCGAGCACUGCCCGCGGAUUUAAAAAAAGUGGCGAAGAAGGAACUGAAGGAGGAUGAGAAACGAAUUGCUGAGCAUGUGAAAUAUAUCACCGAGUGGCUGGAGAAGCAGCCGCAUAUGAAUGGGAGAACGGAUCCUCAGUGGCUUGUGGCCUUCCUCCGGGGGUGCAAGUACAGUUUAGAGAGAACUAAGGAGAAGCUGGACACGUUCUACACUGUUCGGACACAUCUGCCGGAGAUAUUUUUGCAGAGGGAUCUUGAUGACAGGGUCAUCCGGGAGGUGCUCGAUUUGGGAAUUUAUUUACCACUGCCUGAGCCAAUGACUGCAGAUGGGCCCCGUGUAAUUCUUAUGCGGCCCUGUCAAUUCGACCCCAAAAAAUACACCUACGCCAGCAUCCUCAAGGUCUCCUUCAUGAUCAUGGAUUUUCUACUCCUCAAGGACGAUCGGCUCAAUGUUGCAGGUCAGAUUAGCGUUCUAGAUCUAACUGGGAGUAAGCUCGAGCACGCGAGCCAGUUCACACCAUCACUGGUGAAGAAAACUGUUAUGGCCUUUCAGGAUGGCUAUCCGAUAAAAACAAAGUGUUUGCAUUUUGUCAAUCCUCCCUCGUCGUUCGACGUACUCUUCUCUAUCUUCAAAAAUUUUAUGAACAAGAAGUUGAAGGACAGGAUAAUGGUUCAUAAGGACCUAGAAGAUGUUUUCCAAUACGUUCCGGCGGAUGUCCUGCCAUCGGAUUACGGUGGCCAAGCUCCCUCAAUAGCCGCUUUAACACAGCAAUGGAAGAACGCAGUACUCGACCACCGUGACUGGUACCAGCAGGAGAAAAAGCACCACGUGGACGAGUCAAAGCGCCCGGGCAAGGCAAUAACAUCCCUCGAUCUCUUCGGCGUCGACGGCAGUUUCAAGAAGCUAGAAUUCGAUUAAACUCCAAAUUGACAUUUCCAUCGAAACAACUCACCGCCAUCCCCCCAUUCUCAAUGUACAUCAUACUACCUCAAACAUGUGUCGUGGUGAAAACUCAUCGUUGAUCUCCUCAACAUUGCGUAAAGGACGAAUUACAUCGACGGCUUUAGCACGCCCACCACGCAGUACAGCGUUACCUUUUCUUCUCAAGGAAACUUCAGCCCCCGAAGAAUGAAAGCUUGUGGGGAGGCUUGUAGAAGCCGGUGUGUCGCGCGUCGUCGGCAAGAUAUUAUUAAGGACGUGCUUAGAAUCACCUAUCAUAUAAUAACAUUAUCGUGUCGUUCCGUACGACACGAUCCUGGGGACGACGAGUGGACGGGCAUUAAAAUGAGGUGGAAUCUUGGUGAAAACGAGUACGUGGGCAAAUUUUCACCCCCUUGACAAUAUCAAUAUUAUUCGGGUUAUUCGGGUGAUGAUACCGGGUGGUUGAAAAAUUCAUUCAAAAUUUAAUCGUUCAAUUGUUGGGAAAAAAUCGAUUUUUCUUUUUUAAAAAUUUAACUGAGGUGGGAAAAAAUCAAUUUCCCGGCUUAUUCCGGGGAUAUUUACAGCAUUGGUGGUUGGACAGGAAGGAACUCUUUGAUGAUGGUGGUGUUAGUUCGGGAGCACUUCAACAGGUGUCUGUGUUCGUUUCUUCGUUGAAUUUUUAUUUUUUUUUUAUUAUUUAAAGUGCACUGAUGGAAAAUUACUUUUGAAAUUUUGAGUGGAGAGUCUCGCAAAAUUUUUACUGAGUACCAAAUUGCGUGGAAUUUUUAGCGAAUUUCUGGGUGAUGAACGAAUGUUUUCUUGAAGUAUCGAGAAAACGCAAUUGAUUGAAUUUUAAACAAUUUCUAACAGUGUAUACAUGAGAGUGUUGAUUUUUAUACAUUGGGAGCAAAAAAAUAUUUUACUCACGGAAAAAGAAAGUUUCCCUCAGAAUACGAUUUUCGCAAUUACAACUUCUUUCCUUAGAUAUUUAGGGGGGGGGGGGGAAUUUCGGGGAAAAUUCUACGAGGAGAACUGGUGAAAAAAACUAGAAUGGAUUGUGUGUAAAAAAUUAACGUGAAAUUUCUCGGAAUUUCGCGGAAAUUCUUACUAAAAUACGGGGAAAAUUCAUGUUUUCCUCAAUAAAAUUUCCAGUGCCAGCGGAGUCAAUUUUUUUCUCUCAAAGUAGUUCUUCAAGAUGUUUCGAAUAAUAAAUGAUGUUAUUCACGAGUUGUUUCACUAGAUUGUAAUCAUCGUUAAAACUGCAAAAAUUUUAUGGAAAUCUAUUUUGUACCGAAGGAAAGGCACGUUUUGAAGAAUAAUAAACAUCGAGGAAUAAAGAAGUGGAGAUAAUUUCCACUGUUCAGUGUCUCAAUUAUAUUCCGGGCUUUAUUGUUACUGGGGACUGGGAGAAUGUAGAGACUGGGGUUUUGCAUAAGUUGAAUAUUUCAGUGAAUUUAUGGUUCAUGCCGAAUGAUGUGAGGGUGGUAGCAGUGUGGAUGUACAUCGCAAGCGUUUGGACGAAGGAGAAUAGAAGUACCUUGUGGGCGUGGUGAGGGGGAAGUUCACGUGAUCGUUGCAUGCCACCCCCUUCGUGCUGCAUGGUCUACCUGGUGCUUCGUGGUGAUUGGUCGAGCUUGCAGCGCACCCCGCAUUGGUGUCGCCGGUUUCAUUCUUCAUUCAUUGGGACACAUACUGGGGAUGGAUGGGUUAUCUAGCGGGCGCUAGAAAUGGCGUUGAACUCACGAUUUUCCCAUUCUUCCUACAGAAAAUCAAGAAAAUAGAAUUUAGAAAGAUGACGACGAUUGACAGAGUGACGUGAAAAAAUUACUUUUCGCUCUACUGGUUUUUUUUUUUGUAGCGAUGAAAAUUGUAGUGAAGUGGUGAAGACAAGUGCAGUCAGCCCUUAACUUCUUAAAGUUUUUAAGAAAUAUCUCUGAAUCUAAGGGAAGUACAAAAAUUUUGAGAAUUAUCUUUUUUGUAGAGGGGAUGAAGCUAUUAAAAAAAAAUUGAGAUGUAAAUUUCGCUAUCCCCCUUGUAUGUGGAAAUAAUCAUGAUAACAUUUUUAUAAAACAUGUUGAAAAGACGCAAAAAGUAUCAAUCGGCGCUGAAAAGUAUAAUCUCCAAACUCUUUGAUUUGAUUCAUCAGUAUUAACAAUUGAAAAUAUCAAAUCGUUGUUCAUCAACGGGACAGCAUGAAUUCUUCAAUAAACUAUUAAUUAUAAUGGAACAAUAGGAUGCACUGGACGAUGAUUGAAGACCCCCGGGGACUUAUCAUAAGCAACCGAUCAUUCACAGUCGACUGGAGAUGUCCUUGAGACCCCUACCUCCUCCCACAAGGCGUUAAAAUUCCAUCGUUAUUUCCGUACAGCGAAACGCGUUAAGUACGUUAAAACGACUUGCUCAGGAGUUUCGUAUGUGUCGUGCCAUGUCGACCUCGACUCCGUCGACAUGUAUUUACCACUGGCGAUGCUGUACGCGAUGUGAGGACUAAUGUGACCCUAAAUGAGCUGGGGAAUUGGGGGUUACGAGCGAAUAGUAAGAGCCAUCCAAACAUUUGUCCAGUCAAUUGUCAAUAUUUUUUAUCAUUACAAUUCUCAACAUUGCGGAAUGUAAAAAUAAACAGUAUCAGGUUGAGCCAAUCACUCGUCCGAUGUACUGUCUCUGAUUGACCAUGAUUGCGAUGUUAUGCCCCAAUGUCUGGCGAACACGCUGAUUGAAAGAUUACGAUUGUGGAAUAUAUUCAGAUAAAUGAUGAAAAAAAAAAAAAAAACAA